AGAAAAAAAAUACACCAACUCCGCUUCAUAUGUGUUUUUUUCUAAUUUCACUGUCAUUAAUGUGAAUUUUGUGCAUAUUUUCUAUGCAACUGUUAUUUUGACUUAUAUUGUUCUCGAUUAUGUACAAAUAUAUGGUGAAUAAGAUUCCGAGUGGCUGUAUUAACUAAAAUCAAUAACAAUCAGUGCCUAACAAAGUGACAAAGAUGAAUUAUGAAGCUGAAAGAGCGAUGAAUCAGAAACGGCUCAGAAUGGAGGGUGAGCCAGGCCACGGCGUUGUCCAAGGAAACGGGCUCCCGCUAAAUUACCUAGAUAACGGCCACCAAAUACCAUACCAGCCGUACGCCGGUGCAUAUAAUACCCACUAUCCGCCACCGGAUGCAUUUGCAGCUUACGGGCCUCCGCCCCCAGGGGGAUAUGCUCCUCAAAAUUUAUCAUAUGCUCCACCAGCCCAUCAAAACUAUGCACAUCAUCAAAGUUUUCCCCAACAGCAAGCACAACUUCACAUGGCACAGUCGCAUAUGGGUAUGUUGUUUAAACCCGCAGUGCAAGGCUAUGCCCCGGAUGUGGGCAUCCACAAAUCUGCCUGGCCCCCACAGCCACACUUGUUACCUCCCCUUGAUGCUCAGAAACCUCUUGAUAUUAAACAACUGAAACCAGAAAUUAAAUUGGAGCCAUCAGACUCUCAGAAAAGACCACAUCCCGAAGCAGAGAUGAUUCAACCGGGUGACUUAGAGCAACCAAAAAUAAAAAUAAAAACAGAUAUCUUUAAACCAGACGAUAUGCGAGUUGACGACAAAUCAAGAGAAGCCUCCAUGAAGCCCCUGGAAAUGUCAAAACCAGAUCAACAGGCUAAAGAUGAUGGUCUACCACGAGUAGAAUGUGAAAAGCCACCAGAAGUUGGUGUCAUAUCGGGCGAAGUGAGACCUCUUGAUCCUGGAACUCCCAUCAAGAAGUUGGAAGAAGAAAGAAAACCAUUCAGUAGUCCAGAAUUAUCCCGGGGGGGUGCUACUCCUGGAAAAAUCACACCUGGAUUAGAGCCGAAGAAACGAGGUCGUCCUAAAGGCUCGACGAACAAACCGAAGCCCCCCGGGACGCCAACCAAAGGAUCCCCCGGGGCUGCGACAGCGCUCCCCGCUGUUAGGCCUCCAGGCAUCCCCGGGGCGAGGACGCCCGCGCCCGUGGGGAGGCCUAGGGCCGUGCCCUACCAGUACAAUGUCAGGCCGUUUAGGAAGGAUUUCUCGGGGAUACAGUUCAGAAGGCGAUGGAGUGACGAUUGCCUGGAUUCCUCCCACAUACCAAACGAGGUGUAUUUCGGCGACGUACCAGUGCCUCUGUCGGUCCUGUACAAUUACUAUGACGCGAAUGCCGAAAGGGAGAGACUGGCCAGCCAGGCGGCCCACAUCGCAGCCCAAAAGGCUGCCGCUGCCAAGUUGGCUGCUGCCAAGUUACGUGGGGUCGUCAGUGGUGAGGUGACGACAGUGGAUUCAUCAUCUGAUGAUGAGUCGUCAGGGUCAUCGGGAAGUGGCUCCGAGGAAAGUGAUGAGGAUCAACCCCUAAAGCGCGGGCCUGGCCGACCGAAGGGGUCCCGGAAUUCAACGCCCAAGGCCCCCGGUACCCCAGCAGUGCCUGGCACCCCAGGCUCUGGUCGCCGCGGGAGGCCCCCGGUGCCCCCGGAGUUGAGGCAGCCGGGCAUCACGGAUAUGAAGAAGUUCUGCAAGGCUGCGGGCAUUCGAUUCGACUAUAAGAAGCUGGUUGAAGGUUGCACAAAGAACAAGGAGCGGGUGGCGAAAAUGCAGGAAUUACUGGAAGCUGCCGGUCUGGAGGGAAAGCCCACGCUGGAGAAGUGUAGGGCGAUAAAACAAGCGAAAAUGGACAAGAAGGAACAAGAGAAGCAGGCCAAGAAGGAUGCGAAAGCCAAGAAGUCGGAAGAGGAUGGCACGGAGGCAGUGGCCAGACGAAUGACACGCGGCGCGACGGGCGUGAAGCCUCGUCAGCGUAUCGUCAUAUCUUCGGAUGAGGAAGACGGAACCCCAGCGGCGAGAAGGACGGUCUCCAAGCUGCGGUCCAGCGUCAAUGACGAGUCUGACUCGCAGUAAUCCACAAUGCCAGUGGCAGGACAGACAAUAUCGGUACAGUGAGUGGUGGGACCUUCUAGAAAGUGCUUCGACAAAGGUUCGGGUUCAAGCGUGGUGGCUCUGAUUUCUGCGGGCCUAGAAAUCUAUAACUAAUCGGUGUUCCGAUGAAACCAAUGCUGAAAAUGAAUUUAUUAAUUAAUAAUGUACUGUUAAAGGAAUCGGUUCACAGAAUACAUAUAGCCAUCGACUAUAGAAUGUCAAUCAAACUGACAGCUGUCAACUGUCAAAACUUUCUGUAUGAAGUUUAACAAGACAGCGCUCAAGACGAUUGUUAUUUGAGAUACUUAGUUUGUUAUAGACGAACAAACAAACAGACAUAAUGAUCUAAAAGCCAGUCGGAACCCAAUAUUUAGGCCCAGAGCAUUGGCCUAGUGGCUUCAACGUUCUCUCUCUCUCUUCAACUUCUGUUAUCUUUGAGGUCGUAGUAUCGAUCUCCGGCUGUGCACUAAUGGAUUAAAAUUAAUGCAUUUAUUAUUCACGUCAGGCACAGAACAUAUGAUCAUGAAACGAUUAUAAACUGAUUUUUUAUGCCUAGAAUUAAAUAAAUAUAAUUUGUAUUACAUAAACCUUUAUAACUAAACGAAUUGAGGUUUUUAUUAAGUAAUGUCUAUAAAUAGUCCAUUAAUUAUUAGAUUUAUGGUUUAGGAAAAUUUCCAUUCGGAACUUAAGUACUUGAUUGUUGUACGCAUGAAGUAUUAACAUGAUGGUGUGCGACAGAGAUAACGCUAUACGAUUCCGAGAUUAGCCGAUUGUCUCUUUCUAAUGGUAGAUGUGGUUUUGGUUUCACGGAACACCUAGUUUGGAACAAGUCACUUCAGCUUUCUUGGAUCAAAUUGGUCCCAAAAUUUCCUACUAAUUUUAGGUCAAAAUUAAAAAAAAAAAUAAGCGUGUGUUACAGGGGUGAUGACGUUUGGUUCAAUUGUGUUACAAUGUAUACUUAAGGCUUGCACUGUGAUUUUUGUUACCGUAAAUUAUUUAUUGAAUUGCGACAAAAUCAAAACCCAACCUUGACUUGUAUUUCAGAAACUAGUCAAUAUUUGAGCUUCAAAAUUUUGCACCAAACGUUUAUCAUCUCUGAUGGUAGGUGAGGGAUAAUAAUGUCUGCAAUUAUUAUAUUUUAUACAUAUUUAUUUGGUUUUUAUAUGUAUUUUUAAGGUGAAGAAAAUCAUCACAUCACAAAUAAAAAACGCAAAUAAAACUAAUUAUAUUGGUUUUAAUUUUUGUUUACAGAGUUUUUAAUUUGUUCCCUAAACUUAAUUUAAAAAAUAAUAACUAUAACAUAUAUCCUAUAGAAAAUAUAUACAUAUAUGUUUUUAUUAAGUUUUUCUUCACCUUUUUCUAGCCUAGCUUCGCUUUUGUUAGAGUUUUUUAAAAAUGUGGGUAGAUUACAUAGCGUAAAACUCGAAGUACCCUCAAUACAUAAGAUAAUAAUUUUGAACUUGCAAUAAUUUCAGAAUAUUAUUAAUUGUGGAAAUCAUUUUAAGCUACACAGUUGAAAUGAUUUCCGCAAUUUCCUUAGGAUUUAGUAAAAUUUGUCACCUCGUUUUUGGGGUACUUCCGUUUCAGCAGGCUUACCACUUAUAACGCUGUUCAACCACCAACACAGUUUCGAGUUGGUGAUUGAAUAUGGGUAUUAAAGAAUAGGCCUGCUGUGCCUGUGCGCUUGACUUCAAAGUAGACAAUACUUGGAGAGCAUAAUAUAGCGGAUAAUUUAUUUUAUAUUGGCUAAAGUAGGAAUGUGAACCCUCGCUCAUUAGGUAGAUGGCUUGGCACCCAGAAAUGUUCGUCUGUGCCUAAACAAUAAUUAUUGUAUGUGUGUGUCUUUUAUUUACUAGCAGAAUAUUUAAGUGAGCAUAGAUGUCGAUUUAGUGGAUUGCGUUAUACCAUUUAAAUGUCACGUGUUCGUUUGAAAAAAAAUUGCUAAAAUGGCGUCAUGCUGAUGAUGUUCUCACUAAAUCUGUAUCUAUGAAUUUAUAGAAUUUUUAUACAUGUAGCGUUUAAAAGAUAACUAUUAAAAUAACACCAAGUCGUUGGACAUUAGUGACUAAUAGUUGAUGUAUAUAAUAUUAUAGUGUGCGAGUCCUAUUAAUUUUGUACAGGUUAUGAAUUUUUAUUUGGAUAUCGGCUUUGUAAAUAGGUGCUGUGAUGACAAAAUUAGACCGAGGUUCAGAAACGUACGUACGCGUACGUGUACGCGUAUACGUGAACGUGCGUAUACGUGUAUACGUUCAUGCGUACGUACUAUUGUGACUACAAAUUGAGUUUUCUAAACCUUGCUAUUACAUUUAAGGUAAAAUAAAUCAAGAAUUAUAAUAAUUUUAUCGAUUAUAUUAUUUUAUUAAUUGACUAGCAUUUAUAUAGGUUUCCUAAAGAGCAUAUUAUUUCACGAUUUUUAUAUGUGAAUCUCAAUCAUAUUUAGUUAAUGAAUUAUAUCAAAUUUGCGCUUUUUGCUUUUAACGUAAAUCAUUUGUUGCAAAAGGAUUUUUUUCCUUGUCAUCUUUGUUUUAUUACUAGCUAGCAACUUUCUAAGUCUGUAUUAAUUUACAGAUUGCGCAGUAAUUUUUAAUUCGCAAAAUUUAACACAGCUAUAGUUCAUUGUAAUAAGUACAUUAAUAUACAUGCACGUUCGAUUUAACUAUUACGUAUUGAGGCAGAUUCGAUUUAAUUUUAAUAAAAUUUAAAAAAAAAAAUAUUUUUUCUAAAUUUAAUAUGGACGAGCCGAAGCGCACACGAAGCGACAAACUAAUUAAGUGCAUACCGAUAUCAAAUUGUAAAUAAAAUUUGUAGGUUGAUGUAAGUGAGUUAGGUUAAGAUAGAUGUUUUAGUACGGUCGUUAGUUUCGAAGCAUUUUAUAGGCCGUAGAGGUAUAUUUAGUCAAGUAUAUAUUUUAAAAAUAUAAUAUUUUAGUGAAUAAGAAAAGACGCUAUACACUGAA